AAACUCAGAUUACAGUUAAUUUUGAGAUUUCGAUGGAGCAAACAACAGGUGCAUGGUGGUUGGUAGCAGAAGGAAAUGUUUCGAUUGGAUAUUGGCCAAAGGAACUAGUCCCUGCAUUGGGAUCAGGAGCGGGUUAUGUCUACUGGGGUGGUCGUGCACAGGCUAGUGAUGGAGUUGGACCACCAAUGGGCAGUGGUGAACGUUCACUAUCUGUCGACGGUACUAGCGUUAACGGUUAUGUUGAACAACCUCGAUACAUAGAUAAGAAUAGCAACGCUCUACAACCAGAAACCGUUGAGGUUGAUAUGGAUUGCGUCCAGAUGUACACUGAGAGGUAUUACCAAGAAGAUAAUUACCUUCUAUUUGGAGGACCUGGUGGUGACAUUUGCUAGUUAAUCGACAUAUUACUGUGCCAGUAAUAAAAGAUAUUGAAGACAGUUGUCGGGAAAGAUAUUUAGUUGGGAGCUUCUCUGGGUUUCCUAUAAUAAGAAUCUUAUUUUGUACUUGAACAUCCGCAAGUUCUUAGUUUUCAAUAAAAUUUUAUUCUUUUA